AUGGGACUCCUUCGAGCAAGCCGUGGACGAGCCUUUUAUGGGCAGUUUGGUGUUGUUGCAUCGAGGAUAACAAACUCUUUGUGGAAACGAAUGUCGGGACAAGAUAUAAAUUAUAUGCAUAAACAAAUUGGCACUCGCGUGGCACCCAGGGCCAUGAACCGGCUGAUGGCUAAUGCUGCGCCAGACAUCCUCUUUAGGGACGAAUCUGGCUUUCCUGAAGUACGGGAACGUAAACGGGAACGUAGACGGGAACGUAGACGGGAACGUAGACGGGAACGUAGACGGGAACGUAGACGGGAACGUGGAAGGGACCGAGAAUUCCUUAAUACAAAUCGCUGGAGGAUGCUAACUCUUGCACACUCUCAGGGAUACUUAUGGCCUAAUCUCUACCUCGAGAGACAGACAGACAGAGAGAGAGAGAGAGAGAGAGAGAGAGAGGAGAGAGAGAGAGAGAGGAGAGAGAGAGAGAGAGAGAGAGAGAGAGAGAGAGAGAGAGAGGAGAGAGAGAGAGAGAGAGAGAGAGAGAGAGAGAGAGAGAGAGAGAGAGAGAGAGAGAGAGAGAGAGAGAGAGAGAGAGAGAGAGAGAGAGAGAGAGAGGAGAGAGAGAGAGAGAGAGAGAGAGAGAGAGAGAGAGAGAGAGAGAGAGAGAGAAGAGAGAGAGAGAGAGAGAGAGAGAGAGAGAGAGAGAGAGAGAGAGAGAGAGAGAGAGAGAGAGGGGGGCAGGAAACCCUGAGUUAUCGCCAGACGCCUCAGUGGCUUUGCGAAGAAGUGCGGGCGGAGGAGGCCGUGGGUGGGCGUAUCUCGCCCUGGCGGCGGCGGAGCGGCAGCGGAGUGCACGGAGGCGAGUGGGCGCUCAUUUCGACGAGUGCCACGGCUUAA